GGAAAGAUUCAGUCUGCUGUUAAGCUGUUUGAUAAAAUGAUUGAAAGGGGAGUUCAACUGAAUACAAUCACAUGUAAUACCAUAAUAACUGCGCUUUCUAGAGUUGGUGAAUUGGAGAAUGCUCUUCAAUUGCUGAGGAACAUGGCUAAAUUGAAUUGCGAAGCUACUAUUGUUUCUUAUGGAUGCUUUAGGAAAAAGAGGAUUGGUUGACGAGGCUCUGCAGCUGUUUUCGGAAAUGAUAGAUGAUUCCAGUGUUAUACCAAAUGUCAUUGUUUAUAAUUCUCUGAUUAGCGGGCUUUGCAAAAAUGACAGGUUAAGUGAAGCGCUCAGACUCUUCCAUAGCAUGCCUAGUCGAGGAGUUUCUGCAGAUUCAUAUACUUACAAUUCUCUGAUUCAUGGGCUCUGCAAUUCUGAUAGGUUAAGCGAAGCAGUUAGAGUCUUCAAUAUCAUGUCUAGCGUAGGAGUUUCUGCGGAUUCAUAUACUUACACUAUUCUAAUCAAUGGACUUUCCAGGCAUGGGUUAUGGAAGGAAACAAUAAGAUAUUUUGAUGAAAUGAUGGGGAUUGGGAUUUCGCCAAAUGUAGCUACUUUUAACAUAUUAAUAGAUUCUCUGAGUAAACAAGGGAGGAUGGAAGAAUCUUCCAAGAUAUUUGAUGGGAUGAUUAGGUCAGGAAAAGAACCUGAUGUAAUGACCUAUAAUUCUAUGAUGAACGGUCUGUGUUUAGUUGGUAAACUUGAGGAGGCACAGAGAUUGUUUGACUCAAUGGCGGAUAAGGGCUUGGAACAAGAUGUUUACAGCUUCAGUGUGCUGAUUAAUGGGUAUUGCAAGAGGUCUAGGUUGGACGAAGCCAUUCAACUCUCUAAGGAAAUGCAAAAGAAGGGAUUGAAACCGGACCAAGUUACUUAUAAUACACUUAUAGAUGGACUAUGCAAGACCGGAAAAGUUGAAAUGGCACAGAGCAUGUUAAUUGAGAUGCAAUCUGAUGGGGUAUCUCCGGAUAUAGUUACAUAUAAUACACUUGUGAAUGGGUUUUGCAAAGCUGGGAACAUUGAGAUGGCAAGACAAUUGUUUUCUGAAAUCUCUAACAAAGGAUUAGUUGUGAACGUGGAAACAUAUACCACUAUGAUCGAUGGUAUGUUCAAAGAAGGGAUGUUUAUUGAGGCGGAAAAGUUGAUCAUUGAAAUGAAAAAUAAAGGUUGCCUACCAGAUGCCACUACGUAUGAUACCAUUAUUAGGAGUUAUCUUUUGGAAAAUGAUUGUGCAAGAGCACUGGAGUUUCUUAAAGAAAUGCGCGGAAGGAAACUAACACUGAAAGAUGCCACUAAAUCGCUAUUGGUCAGUUGCUUGUCUGCAGAACAACUCCAAAACUUGGAAUUUCCUAAAACCUAGAUAAGAUUGACUGUCUCUUGUACGGGUAACGAAGGGUAAGGUAAUCAUGAACUGGUUUAUUUACUUAGUUUUUAUUGGUUUAUUUGCAAAAUACUGGCAACACUGUAAUAAAGUUGCAAAACAUAAUAGAAAGUCUAUAUCUUAAGACCGAAUCAAAUUUUUUACGCCUAUUUUCUCAAGCUUUUCACUGCGAUCCUUGAAUCAAUGAAUCACUGCAGUCUGCAGUUCAAUUUCCCCGCUUA